AUGUUGGCGGUCGAGCACCUCCCCGCGGUGGGGCUUUCGGUGGUCGGCUGGGCGACCUGUUUUGGUGUCUCAGCAGCUGUGUCUGGGAAGCGGUACGAUGCGGAGUUCAAGGGCCGCGCGGUGUCGAUUCUGCACGCGCUGGUGAUUGUGGGGCUGUCGCUGUACGUCGACGGCGGGGACGUGGCGACCACGUUCGCUCACGGCGACCUCAGUCCUGGGCGAAGGGCGAUUUUGAUUCUAGCCACCGGGUACUUCCUGUGGGACCUCGUGCUCUGCUUCAUGGCGCCGGACGUGCUUAUGAACCUUGCACACCACGUCGUGAGCCUCGCGUCCACGCUCUACCCGCUCCUCAGUGGCAAUGGCGCGCAGCUCCUCGUGGCGGUGCUGUGGACCCUCGAGGUGCCGAACCCCUUCAUGAACCUCAGGUUCAUGCUCAGAGCCGCCGAGAAGGGCCGCUCGAGCUACGGCCUCGUCAACGAGGUGCUGUUCGCGGCGGCGUACUUCGUGGCGCGAGGGUACUUCGGGGUGCGGCUGUGGUGGGCGACCAUCGCGGCGCCGUGCCCGCUGUUCCUCCGCGCCAUGUCGAGCCUCAUGCUCGUCGUGAGCACGCUCUGGGGCGUAAAGAUCGCUCAGGUCGCGGGGUAUAAGAUCCGGCAGCUGCUCAAGAUGGUGACGGGCGGGAAGAAGAAGGCGUGA